CACUAGUACAGGUCAUGUGUUAAGCAGCAUUGACGGUUUCUCUGGUGAUACUGGUGAUUUGUGACUGUGUUUUUGUGAUGUUGCUCGGUGUAAUGCCCGAAGACAGCGUCCCCGGGGGGCUCCUCGCGCCCACGGCGAAGAGCCAAAGGGCCACCGAUUUUUCUAUCGCUGCCAUUAUGGCGCGCGGCGCGUCGCCGCCGGAUGGCGAAAGUCUUAUCGCUAGAGAACCGCACGCCGACGGCAGUCUAUCGCGUUUAAGUUCCCCCGACCUGGACGAUCCUCUCGACGACGACGACGUCGAGGUGGACGUCGAAGAGUGCUCGGACAGCGAAUCGUCUCGAGCGACGAAAUCGAAAGCGCCGCGACACAGUCCCGCGAUAUCGGAUUGCGGAUCCGAAACGGCCGAUUUGGACAGGGAAUCGCCGGACAUCGUGCCCGACAAGAAGCCGGCCAAGCCGCCGGCGAUACUCUGCAAUUGCGACGAAUUGCUGAGCGUCGAAUGCCACCUGGAGACGAAGGAUCUGUGGGACAAGUUCCACGAACUGGGAACGGAGAUGAUCAUCACCAAAACUGGCAGGAGAAUGUUCCCCACGCUGCGAGUCUCCUUCACGGGCAUCCGCUCGGACCAGAGGUACGCCGUGCUACUGGACGUGGUGCCCGUCGAUAACAAACGGUACCGGUACGCGUACCACCGGUCCUCGUGGUUGGUCGCCGGAAAAGCGGAUCCACCCGCGCCCAACAGGCUGUACGCGCAUCCGGAUUCGCCGUAUUCCGGCGAGCAGCUCAGGAAGCAGGUCGUGUCGUUCGAAAAAGUCAAGCUCACCAAUAACGAAAUGGACAAAAACGGACAGAUCGUGUUGAAUUCGAUGCACAGGUAUCAGCCGAGGAUUCACUUGGUUAAAUGGCGCGAGCAUUCGGGCCCCAUCAGCGAUCUGGAGUCGGAGCAGUAUAGGACGUUCAUAUUUCCCGAGUCCGUUUUCACGGCGGUAACGGCCUAUCAAAACCAGCUCAUCACCAAAUUGAAAAUCGAUUCCAACCCAUUCGCCAAGGGUUUCAGGGAUUCUUCACGACUCACCGACUUUGACAGAGAACCCAUGGACAGCCUCUUCAUGGACCAGCACUUCCUGCGCUCGUCGUUGCGCCUCUACUCGGGCGACUCCCUCGACUCGGAGAACAACAACGCCUCGUCGUUCUUCUCGGCGGCGAUGGUGGAGAAGGCGAGGGCCCAGCUGCAGAUGUGGGGCCGGGCGGGCGGCGCCUACAACCCCAGCGAGUUGCACGCGUUCCUCCUCAACAGCUCCAACCAGCAAGUGUUCCUCGGCCAAAGGCAAUCCGUGCCGCUCGGCCUGCCGAGCCAUCUGUGGAACCAAGGCGGCGGCGGCGCCUCCUGGCAGAGCCCCAUGCACGGCGGGCUGCCGCCCGGGUUGCUGGGGCCGCCCGGGUCGCACCGGCCGCAGAUCACGCCUCCGCCCGCCUCCACGCCGAGCUCGUCGGGUUCCCCUUCGCCCACGUCGGUGAGCGCCUCCAGCGAGCUGCGGCUGCCCAAGGCCGUGUUUCCUUCGGCCAUGCACCACAGGUUUAGCCCGUACGCGUCGAUUUCCAGGCCGCUCGGCCCGUCGCUGAGCCCGUCGUCCCGGUCUAGUAAUUGAUGUUAGGCUGUGUAGAUUGUUUCAGGUA